AUGCCCUGUCCCCCUGCCACAGAAGUUAUCCCAAACUGUUCUGAUGAUGAAAAAAUUGUUAUUGGUAGUAACAACUUUUGUGGAAUUAUCACUAAUCCAAAUGGACCAUUCAAAGAUUGUCACAAUGUGAUAGAUCCUGUAGCUUACUUCAAUAGCUGCGCAUAUGAUUUGUGUGAAUUAAACCUGGACCAGGCCUCCCUAUGUGACAGUCUUCAAUCCUAUGCAGUGGCCUGCCAAUCUCAGGGAGUAACCAUACAGCCAUGGAGGAAUGACACUUUCUGUCCAAUUGAUUGCCUUCCCAACAGUCAUUAUGAGAUCUGCAGCACAGCAUGUCCAGCCACUUGUGUCAAUCCAGGAGCACCAUCCAAAUGUGAUCUCCCCUGUGUUGAGGGAUGUUUCUGUGACCCAGGAUAUGUCCUAUACAAUGACAAGUGUGUUCCAAGCCUCCAGUGUGGUUGUUGGGAUGGAAAUAAUUACUAUCCAGUAGGCUCUGAAUUCUGGAACGAUGACUGCUCCACAAAAUGCAGAUGCCCCUCACCAGGAAGUGCUUUAGUCUGUAAUGCUGCAACGUGUGACAGUAACCAAUAUUGUGCUACAAUAAAUAAUGUUUCUGACUGCAUUCAUUAUAAAUAUGGCAUCUGCAGGGUCAAUAAUGAUCCUCACUACAACAGCUUUGACAGGCCGGUGCACCGUUUUAUGGGUCUCUGCACCUAUACACUCUCAAAGCUUUGCUCCAAUUCAUCUAACCUGCCAUCUUUUAAUGUCGAGGCAAAGAACGAGCAUCGAGGAAAUCCUUCAGUAACAUUCGUGCAAAAGGUUAUUGUGGAAGUCUAUGGCUACAGAAUACAGAUCGUAAGGAAAGAAACAUCUCGUGUUUUGGUUGAUGGAGUAUGGGUCAUACUUCCCGUAAUUCUCAAGGGCGGUUCCAUAACUGUAAGAAAAAGUGGAAGAUACAUUGCUUUGGAGACAGACUUCAAACUCCAGGUGUCUUAUGACACUGAUCAUUCGGUGGAAGUGAAAAUUCCAGAUACAUAUUCCAACCAACUAUGUGGAAUGUGUGGUAACUUUAACGGCCAGCAACAAGAUGAAUUCCUGAUGCCAAAUGGACAGCAAGCUCAGAACUCCAAUGAAUUGGGGAAUAGUUGGUUGGUAUAUGAUGAAGAAGAUCCAUUCUGCUCUAGUAGUCCUACAGUAGCUCCUCCUAGAAUAUGUCCGCCAGAGAAAGAACAGGUGUACCAAAGCGAUGCUUAUUGUGGGCUGUUAACAAGUAUAAACAGCAUUUUCAGUAUAUGUCAUUCUGCAGUUGAUCCUGCCAACUACUUUGAAACCUGUGUAUUUGAUCUUUGUGCCCUGGAUGGAGACAAGAAAGUUUUAUGUAGUGCACUUGAAGUCUAUGCAGAUGCCUGUCAACAAGAAGGAAUUACUAUUCCUGGCUGGAGAAACAUUACUUCCUGUGAACUCUCCACAUGCCCACCCAAUACCACCUAUAAUGGCUGUAUGACUGCAUGUCCUGCUACAUGUGUUGACCCUUAUGCUCCAGAGAAAUGCAACAAACCAUGCAUGGAAGGCUGUGAAUGUAAUCCAGGACACGUCAUCAGCGGUGAUAUCUGUGUUGAUGCAUCCAACUGCGGCUGUUUGUAUGAUGACAAGUAUUAUAAUAAAGGGGAUUCAUUCCUAGAGAAGGACUGCGAGAGAAAGUGUGAAUGUCAAGGAAAUAACAACAUGGUUUGCAAUGAGACAUCAUGUGCCGAAGAUGAAAUAUGCAAAGUCCAAAAUGGUUCAUUAGGGUGUUACCCAGGAAAUGAACCUUCUGCUAAGCCCGUAACUAUAAGAACUACAACCCCUACAGCUCCUAUUGAUCCCUGUGACUACACAUGCUCAUUUGGAAUGGACUAUUGUGGGUGGCAACAGUCAAAACUACACAAUUUAGACUGGAUACGUUGGUAUGGUCCAACUCCAUCUGACUCAACAGGACCAUCAUCAGAUCACAGUGGUGAUGGAUACUACCUUUAUGUUGAUGGGCGUGAUACACAGUGGGAUGACAGAGCAUGGCUAGAGAGUACUGAAUGUGAGGUACAAGGACCAAACUGCCUCAGUUUCUGGUACCACAUGUAUGGAGCUUUGGAGGAAUCAGAGUUGAAUGUCUUUGUUUUGACAAAAUAUGGAUUAGAAAAUGUUGCCUCGUUUAAUGAAGAUGGUGGGGACGUAUGGCAUUUCCAUCAAAUUGAACUGCGCAACAAUGAAAAAAUACAGAUCAUUUUUGAAGGCGUGCUACGUCAAGAAGACAGUCCUUUUGAUAUUGCCAUUGAUGACAUUUCUUUUGUCAAAGGCUACUGCACUGCACCACAACCACCGAUUACAACAACAACAGGACCAUCACUUCCACCAGAUUCAUCACCAACAGCAACAGCACAACCAAGUACAACAUCACUCACAACACCAACUGAUGGCCCAACAUCUUAUACUACUCCUGAACCUGGAAGCUCAGCAGGACCUUUGACUCCAGAUCCUGUAACACAUACAAGUACAGGACCAGAAACCAAUAAAACUCCAGAUACUACUACUCCUGAACCUGGAAGCUCAGCAGGACCUUUGACUCCAGAUCCUGUAACAUAUACAAGUACAGGACCAGAAACCAAUAAAACUCCAGAUACUACUACUUCUGAACCUGGAAGCUCAGCAGGACCUUUGACUCCAGAUCAUGUAACACAUACAAGUACAGGACCAGAAACCAAUAAAACUCCAGAUACUACUACUCCUGAACAUGGAAGCUCAGCAGGACCUUUGACUCCAGAUCCUGUAACACAUACAAGUACAGGACCAGAAACCAAUAAAACUCCAGAUACUACUACUCCUGAACCUGGAAGCUCAGCAGGACCUUUGACUCCAGAUCCUGUAACAGAUACAAGUACAGGACCAGAAACCAAUAAAACUCCAGAUACUACUACUCCUGAACCUGGAAGCUCAGCAGGACCUUUGACUCCAGAUCAUGUAACAGAUACAAGUACAGGACCAGAAACCAAUAAAACUCCAGAUACUACUACUCCUGAACCUGGAAGCUCAGCAGGACCUUUGACUCCAGAUCCUGUAACAGAUACGAGUACAGGACCAGAAACCAAUAAAACUCCAGAUACUACUACUCCUGAACAUGGAAGCUCAGCAGGACCCUUGACUCCAGAUCCUGUAACACAUACAAGUGCUGGACCAGAAACCAAUAAAACUCCAGAUACAACUACUCCUGAACCUGGAAGCUCAGCAAGACCUUUGACUCCAGAUCCUGUAACAAAUACAAGUACAGGACCAGAAACCAAUAAAACUCCAGAUACUACUACUCCUGAACCUGGAAACUCAGCAGGACCUUUGACUCCAGAUCCUGUAACAGAUACAAGUACAGGACCAGAAACCAAUAAAACUCCAGAUACUACUACUCCUGAACAUGGAAGCUCAGCAGGACCUUUGACUCCAGAUCCUGUAACAGAUACAAGUACAGGACCAGAAACCAAUAAAACUCCAGAUACUACUACUCCUGAACAUGGAAGCUCAGCAGGACCUUUGACUCCAGAUCCUGUAACAGAUACAAGUGCAGGACCAGAAACCAAUAAAACUCCAGAUACUACUACUCCUGAACCUGGAAGCUCAGCAGGACCUUUGACUCCAGAUCCUGUAACACAUACAAGUGCAGGACCAGAAACCAAUAAAACUCCAGAUACAACUACUCCUGAACCUGGAAGCUCAGCAGGACCUUUGACUCCAGCUCCUGUAACAGAUACAAGUACAGGACCAGAUACCAAUAAAACUCCAGCUACUACUACUCCUGAACCUGGAAGCUCAGCAGGACCUUUGACUCCAGAUCCUGUAACAGAUACAAGUACAGGACCAGAAACCAAUAAAACUCCAGAUACUACUACUCCUGAACCUGGAAGCUCAGCAGGACCUUUGACUCCAGAUCCUGUAACAGAUACAAGUGCAGGACCAGAAACCAAUAAAACUCCAGAUACUACUACUCCUGAACCUGGAAGCUCAGCAGAACCUUUGACUCCAGAUCCUGUAACAGAUACAAGUACAGGACCAGAAACUAAUAAAACUCCAGAUCUACCUAAGACCAGUCCAGGCCCUGAAACUGCCAGUUCCCUAAGCCCUGAACCUGGCACUGUAACUGACAAAACUGCAGGCCCUGUAAGUCCAGGCCCCAUAACAAAGAGUACCCCAGAACCUGUAACUGACCUCACUCCAGAACCAGAAACUCCAACCCCUGUAACUGAUAUCACUACAGCACCUGUAUCUGAUGUCACUGGCAGCCCUGUAACAGACAUAACCGAAGGCCAAGUAACGGGUAGCAUUCCAGGCUCUGUAAUAACCAGAACUCCAAGUCCUGAAACUGCUAGCGACAAAGUAACCAGUACUGUACUUGACACUACAGUCUCUGUAACUGUUAAUACACCACCAGGCUGUGUAACUGGAAUCACUGAAUCACCUCCAGCUAAUGGCACUGCCCCUGUAACUGACAAUACUGGAAGCCCUGGAACAGAUGGAACUCCAGGACCAGCAACAGACAGUACUCCAGAUAUCAUUAUAACAUCCACCUCAGCAAAAACUACAACACCAGCUGUGCCACCAACUGUGCCACCACACGAUCCAGGUUAUUGUGAGGUGUCAGGAGACCCCCAUUAUUACACCUUUGAUAAACAGAUCCACCAUUUCAUGGGCGUCUGUACCUACACACUAUCCAAGCUCUGUGCAAAUGAUUCAAACUUAACGGACUUCAAUGUGGAAGCAGCAAAUGAUCUCAGGAAUGGCUUGACUCAUGUAUCUUAUGUGCAAUUUGUGAAUGUGGAUGUAUAUGGAUACAGAAUCACUCUGGAGAAGGUCCGCAAGGUUAAGGUGAAUGGACAACCAGUAACACUUCCUGUUAGUCUACCACCGGAUGUUGAAAUCUUCCUCAGUGGAACUAGUGUGUUUGUAACAACAGGCUUUGGCCUCCAAGUUUCAUAUGAUGGAAGCCAUAAAGCAACAGUGACUCUUCCUGGAGAAUAUUGGGAUAAAGUUUGUGGGCUUUGUGGGAACUUCAAUGGAGAUAAAGCUGAUGACUUCUUAAACCCAGAUGGUAAUCUGGAAUCAGAUUCGAACAGCCUUGGGAACAGUUGGCAGGUUGAAAAUGAUACAGUCUGCCCUCCAGCGGUGGGCAAUAAAACAAAUUGCACAGAGGAUGAAAAUGAUAUAAUAUCCAGCAACAGCUACUGUGGUAUCAUUACUAAUGUAAACGGGCCAUUUAAAGAGUGUCAUCAUGUGAUAGACCCAAGAGUUUACUUUGAGAACUGUGUAUAUGACCUGUGUGAAGUGAAACUGGAUAAUGGAACCCUAUGUCACAGCCUUCAGUCUUAUGCAGACGCCUGCCAGUCUCACGGAGUCAUAAUACAGCCUUGGAGAAAUGACACUUUCUGCCCUCUUACAUGUCCACCAAACAGUCAUUAUGAGCCCUGUGGCACAAGCUGCCCAUCAACAUGCGUCAACCCACAUGCACCAAACAACUGCAGUCGCCCAUGUGCUGAAGGAUGUUUCUGUGACCCUGGAUAUGUUCUUUAUGAUACCAAAUGUGUUCCAGAAGACCAGUGUGGCUGUUGGCAAGAUGAUAAAUAUUAUCCAGUGGGUGAUGAGUUUUGGUCUGAUGACACCUGCUCCUCAAAAUGUAGAUGCCCAUCAGCAGGCAGUGCCUUAGUCUGUACUGAAGAGUCGUGCUUGGAUAACCAGUAUUGCGGAGUUACAAAUGGAAUUCCAGGGUGUUACAAUAAACCUAAUCCAGGUUACUGUGAGGUGUCAGGAGACCCUCAUUAUUACACCUUUGAUAAACAGAUCCACCAUUUCAUGGGCGUCUGUACCUACACACUAUCCAAACUCUGUGCCAAUGAUUCAAACUUGACGGACUUCAAUGUGGAAGCAGCAAAUGAUCUCAGAAAUGGCUUGAUUCAUGUAUCGUAUGUACAAUUUGUGAAUGUGGAUGUAUAUGGCUACAGAAUCACUCUGGAAAAGGUCCGCAAGGUUAAGGUGAAUGGACAACCAGUAACACUCCCUGAAAGCCUUCCACCAGAUGUUGAAAUAUUUCUCAGUGGAACUAAUGUAUUCGUAACAACAGGAUUUGGCCUCCAAGUUUCAUAUGAUGGAAGCCAUAAAGCAACAGUAUCUCUUCCUGCCGAAUACGCAAAUAAUGUUUGCGGACUUUGUGGAAACUUCAAUGGAGAUAAAGCUGAUGACUUCUUAAACCCUGAUGGUAACCUGGAACCAAAUUCUACCAGCCUUGGUAACAGCUGGCAGGUUGAAAAUGAUACAGUCUGCCCUCCAACUGAUGGCAAUAAUGGAACUUGCACUGAGGAUGAAAAAAUUGUAAUAUCCAGCAACAGCUACUGUGGUAUGAUUACUAAUGAAAAUGGGCCAUUUAAAGAGUGUCAUCAUGUGGUAGACCCAGAAGUUUACUUUGAGAACUGUGUAUAUGACCUGUGUGAAGUGAAACUGGAUAAUGGAACCCUAUGUGACAGCCUUCAGUCUUAUGCAGAUGUCUGUCAGUCUCACGGAGUCACAGUGGAGCUAUGGAGAAAUGAGACUUUCUGUCCUCUUGAAUGUCCACAAAACAGUCAUUAUGAACCCUGUGGCACAAGCUGCCCAUCAACAUGCGUCAACCCAAAUGCACCAAACAACUGUAAUCGCCCAUGUGCUGAAGGAUGUUUCUGUGACCCUGGAUAUGUUCUUUAUAAUAACAUAUGUGUUCCAAAAGACCAGUGUGGAUGUUGGCAAGAUGAUAAAUAUUAUCCAGUGGGCGAUGAAUUUUGGUCUGAUGACACCUGCUCUUUAAAAUGUAGAUGCCCAUCAGCAGGCAGUGCUCUAGUCUGUACUGAGGAGUCGUGCUUGGAUAACCAGUAUUGUGGAGUUCCAAAUGGAGUUCCAGAGUGUUAUGAUAAACCAGAUUCAGGUUACUGUGAAGUAUCAGGAGACCCCCAUUAUUACACCUUUGAUAAACAGGUCCACCAUUUCAUGGGGCUCUGUACCUACACACUAUCAAAGCUUUGCAAAAAUGAUGUGAAUUUGACUGACUUUAAUGUGGAAGCAGCAAAUGAUCUCAGAAAUGGUUUGACUCAUGUAUCUUAUGUGCAAUUUGUGAAUGUGGAUGUAUAUGAGUACAGAAUCACCCUGGAGAAAGUCCGCAAGGUUAAGGUAAAUGGACAACCAGUAACACUUCCUGUUAGUCUACCACCAGAUGUUGAAAUCUUCCUCAGUGGAACUAGUGUGUUUGUAACAACAGGCUUUGGCCUCCAAGUUUCAUAUGAUGGAAGCCAUAAAGCAACUGUGACUCUUCCUGGAGAAUAUUGGGAUAAUGUUUGUGGGCUUUGUGGGAACUUCAAUGGAGAUAAAGUUGAUGACUUCUUAAACCCAGAUGGUAAUCUGGAAUCAGAUUCUAACAGCCUUGGGAACAGUUGGCAGGUUGAAAAUGAUACAGUCUGCCCUCCAGCAGUGGGCAAUAAAACAAAUUGCACAGAGGAUGUAAAUGAUAUAAUAUCCAGCAACAGCUACUGUGGUAUCAUUACUAAUGUAAACGGGCCAUUUAAAGAGUGUCAUCAUGUGGUAGACCCAGAAGUUUACUUUGAGAGCUGUGUAUAUGACCUGUGUGAAGUGAAACUGGAUAAAGGAACCCUAUGUGACAGCCUUCAGUCUUAUGCAGACGCCUGCCAGUCUCACGGAGUCAUAAUACAGCCUUGGAGAAAUGACACUUUCUGCCCUCUUAAAUGUCCACCAAACAGUCAUUAUGAGCCCUGUGGCACAAGCUGCCCAUCAACAUGCGUCAACCCACAUGCACCAAACAACUGCAGUCGCCCAUGUGCUGAAGGAUGUUUCUGUGACCCUGGAUAUGUUCUUUAUGAUACCAAAUGUGUUCCAGAAGUCCAGUGUGGCUGUUGGCAAGAUGAUAAACAUUAUCCAGUGGGCGAUGUAUUUUGGUCUGAUGACACCUGCUCUUUAAAAUGCAGUUGCCCAUCACCAGGCAGCGCCUUAGUCUGUACUGAAGAGUCGUGCUUGGAUAACCAGUAUUGCGGAGUUACAAAUGGAAUUCCAGGGUGUUACAAUAAACCAAAUCCAGGUUACUGUGAGGUAUCUGGAGACCCCCAUUAUUACACAUUUGACAAACAAAUCCACCAUUUCAUGGGAAUCUGUACCUACACACUAUCUAAGCUCUGUGCAAAUGAUUCAAACUUGACGGACUUCACUGUUGAAGCAGCAAAUGACAUCAGGAAUGGCUGGACUGAAGUAUCUUAUGUGCAAUUUGUGAACGUGGAUGUAUAUGAAUACAGAAUCACUCUGGAGAAAGUCCGUAAGGUUAAGGUGAACGGACAACCAGUGACACCUCCUGUUAGCCUCCAUCCAGAUGUUGAAAUCUUCCUCAGUGGAACUAGUGUGUUUGUAACAACAGGAUUUGGCCUCCAAGUUUCAUAUGAUGGAAGCCAUAAAGCAACAGUAUCUCUUCCUGGCGAAUAUGCAAAUAACGUUUGUGGGCUUUGUGGAAACUUCAAUGGAGAUAAAGCUGAUGACUUCUUAAACCCUGAUGGUAACCUGGAACCAAAUUCUACCAGCCUUGGUAACAGCUGGCAGGUUGAAAAUGAUACAGUCUGCCCUCCAACUGAUGGCAAUAAUGGAACUUGCACUGAGGAUGAAAAAAUUGUAAUAUCCAGCAACAGCUACUGUGGUAUGAUUACUAAUGAAAAUGGGCCAUUUAAAGAGUGUCAUCAUGUGGUAGACCCAGAAGUUUACUUUGAGAACUGUGUAUAUGACCUGUGUGAAGUGAAACUGGAUAAUGGAACCCUAUGUGACAGCCUUCAGUCUUAUGCAGAUGUCUGUCAGUCUCACGGAGUCACAGUAGAGCUAUGGAGAAAUGAGACUUUCUGUCCUCUUGAAUGUCCACAAAACAGUCAUUAUGAACCCUGUGGCACAGGCUGCCAAUCAACAUGCGUCAACCCACAUGCACCAAACAACUGUAAUCGCCCAUGUGCUGAAGGAUGUUUCUGUGACCCUGGAUAUGUUCUUUAUGAUAACAUAUGUGUUCCAAAAGACCAGUGUGGAUGUUGGCAAGAUGAUAAAUAUUAUCCAGUGGGUGAUGAAUUUUGGUCUGAUGACACCUGCACUUUGAAAUGUAGAUGCCCAUCUGCAGGCAGUGGCUUAGUCUGUACUGAAGAGUCGUGCUUGGAAAAUCAGAAUUGUGGAGUUAUAAAUGGAGUUCCAGGGUGUUAUGAACCAGGUUACUGUGAGGUAUCAGGAGACCCCCAUUAUUACACCUUUGAUAAACAGGUCCACCAUUUCAUGGGCGUCUGUACCUACACACUAUCUAAGCUCUGUACAACUGAUGCCAACUUGACAGACUUCACUGUUGAAGCAGCAAAUGAUCUUAGAAAUGGCUUGACUCAUGUAUCUUAUGUGCAAUUUGUGAACGUGCAUGUAUAUGGGUACAGGAUCACUUUGGAGAAAGUCAGAAAGGUUAAGGUGAAUGGACAACAAGUAACACUUCCUGUUAGUCUACCACCGGAUGUUGAAAUCUUCCUCAGUGGAACCAAUGUUUUUGUAACAACAGGCUUUGGCCUUCAAGUAUCAUAUGAUGGAAGCCAUAGAGCAACAGUGACUAUUCCAGGCGAAUACUAUAAUAGCGUUUGUGGGCUUUGUGGGAACUUCAAUGGAGAUAAAGCUGAUGACUUCUUAAACCCAGAUGGUAAUCUAGAAUCAGAUUCCAACAGCCUUGGUAACAGCUGGCAGGUUGAAAAUGAUACAGUCUGUCCUCCAGCAGUGGAAAAUAAAACAAAUUGUACUGAGGAUGAAAAUCAUUUAAUAUCCAGCAACACCUAUUGUGGUAUUAUUACUAAUGUAAACGGGCCAUUUAAAGAGUGUCAUCAUGUGAUAGACCCAAGAGUUUACUUUGAGAACUGUGUAUAUGACCUGUGUGAAGUGAAACUGGAUAAUGGAACCCUAUGUGACAGCCUUCAGUCUUAUGCAGAUGCCUGCCAGUCACAUGGAGUCACAGUACAGCCAUGGAGAAAUGACACUUUCUGUCCUCUUAAAUGUCCACCAAACAGUCAUUAUGAGCCCUGUGGAACAGGCUGCCCUUCAACAUGUGUCAACAAAGAAGCACCAUCCAAAUGCAGUCGCCCAUGUGCUGAAGGUUGUUUCUGUGAUCCUGGAUAUGUUCUUUAUGAUACUAAAUGUGUUCCAAAAGACCAGUGUGGAUGUUGGCAAGAUGAUAAAUAUUACCCAGUAGGCGAUGAAUUUUGGUCUGACGAUACCUGUUCCUCAAAAUGCAGAUGCCCAUCAGAAGGUAGCGGCUUGGUCUGUACUGAAGAUGCAUGCCCAGGAAAUCAGUAUUGCGGAAUAUCAAAUGGAGUUCCUGGAUGUUAUUAUUACACCUUUGGAAUCUGUAGGGUCCACAAUGACCCCCACUAUGACACCUUUGAUAAGCAGAACCAUAACUUUAUGGGGCUCUGCACUUAUACUCUUGCCAAAUUAUGUGACAGUUCCUCUUCGCUACCAUAUUUCAACGUUGAAGCCAAAAACCAGCAUCGGGGAGAGCCAUCAGUGUCUUUUGUGGAGUGGGUCAUAAUAGAGGUUUAUGGCCAACAUAUACAAAUUAUGAGAAAUGAACAGAAUCGGGUGCUGGUUAACAAGAUCUGGACAACUCUUCCAGUGAGCUUAGUUGGAGGAUUAGUGACAGUGACCUGGACUGGAAAGCAAGUGAACCUAGAGACUGAUUUCAGACUUACAGUUUCCUAUGAUACUGAUACCGAUAUUGAUGUAAAGGUCCCCAGCACUUAUUCCUCACUUACUUGUGGAAUUUGUGGAAACUUCAACAACCGCAAAAAAGAUGACUUUAUGAUGCCAAAUGGACAGCAAGCACUGACUUCUGAAGAGCUUGGGCAUAGUUGGAUUGCAUAUGAUGAGGACCCUCUAUGCCACCCUGAUGAUCCUGUACCUCCACCUCCACCUGACUGUACUCCAGAGAAGUACGAGCUUUAUAAAAGCGAUGGAUUCUGUGGUCUGCUUACAAGUAAAGAUGGUCCUUUCUAUACUUGUAAUUCUGUAAUCAGCCCAGGAGGUUUCUUUGAGAGUUGUAUUUUUGAUCUUUGUGCUCUGGAUGGAGAUAAAGAUAUUCUAUGCAGUUUAUUGGGAUCUUAUGCUGCUGCUUGCCAGAAGGAAGGUUUGACUCUAAACUGGAGAAACAGCACCGGUUGUGAGCCCACGUGUCAGAAUCAUAGUCACUUUAAUCCAUGCAUGAGUGCCUGCCCAGCUACAUGUCUCAAUCUAGCUCCCACGGAUAACUGCAGUCUGCCAUGUACAGAAGGAUGUGAAUGUGAUGAUGGAUACGUCUUAAGUGGAGGAACAUGUGUUCAUGAAUCCAGCUGUGGUUGCUUGUAUAAUGGCACAUACUACAGUGAAGGAGAAAUAUUUGUGCAAGGAAACUGUGAGAACAGUUGUACAUGUAAAGGCAAUAACAAUAUGGAGUGUCAUUCAAUAUCAUGUGCCAAAGAUGAAAUUUGUAAAGUUCAGAAUGGAACAAUGGGCUGCUAUGCACCAAGUACUGCAAUUUGCCACAUAUAUGGAGACCCUCACUACUAUACCUUUGAUGGAACGCUUCAUCACUUCCAGGGAUCUUGUAACUAUACAGUCACAGAGACAUGUGAAAACACAUCAAACAACUUUAUUGUCACAACAAGAAAUGAACACAGAGGAAACCCAGACUGGACUGCCAUUAAUUCAGUGGCCCUCACGGUGGAUGGACUGCACAUACUUUUGGAAAAGAAUAACAUGGUUCUUAUAAAUGGUACUUCCGUUACACUCCCAGUUACUGUGUCUGGAAUAAGCAUUGUACAGAAUGGCCAGUAUGUAAAAGUGACAGCAGAUUUUGGUCUUGAGCUUGAGUUUAAUGGAGACCAUGAGCUCUUUGUCAAGGUCAAGGAAAAUUACAAAGGUACAUUGUGUGGCCUUUGUGGAACAUACAAUGAAAACCGCAAUGACGACUUCAUGACACCCAAUGGGACUGUUGUGUCCGACGUCAAUGAAUUUGGAAGCAGCUGGAGAGUACCUGAUGAUAACUGGAUAUGUGACGAUACUCCUCCUUCUCCACCAACAUGCUCUCCCCCGCUACUGCAAGAGGCUCAAAAUAGAUGCUGGAUUCUAAAACAGAUUGAUGGUCCAUUUAGAUCAUGCUAUAGCUACAUCCAACCUCAUGGAUACUUUGAGAGUUGUGUCUUUGACCAGUGUGUCACAGGAGGAAGCAAUGAGCAACUCUGCAAUGUCUUAGCAUCUUAUGCAGCAAUCUGUGAAUCUAAAGGGGUUUCUCUGGAAGACUGGAAGAAUAACACCAUAUGUGAUCCCACCAUCACCACAACGACUGCAACUACAACUGGUGUCACCACAACAACUGCUACUACAACUGGUGUCACCACAACAACUGCUACUACACCUGGUCCCACCACUAGGACACCUGCUACCACAACAGGAUACAUUUCAUCCGACGCCUCCUGCAGUGCCUCUGGAGAUCCUCAUUACAACACAUUUGAUGGUGCAGUUCAUCAUUACAUGGGAAAUUGCAGCUACACUCUGUCCAAGCCCUGCAAUGCAUCAUCUGCCGGCCUUCCAGAUUUCCAUGUCUACACCACUAAUGAGCACAGAGAUUCCAACACCAAAGUGUCAUAUGUUCAAUCAGUGCAUAUUGAAAUUUCCGAGGAUGAAUUCACAAUACUGAAAAACAAAAAGUUUAAUAUUAAUGGAAGGAGAUCAAAUCUGCCCAUGGCAAUAAAAAACAGUUAUAGCGCUUACAUCAAUGGAAAUUAUUUGGUUUUUGAAACUGAUUUUGGACUACGGGUUAGGUUUGAUGGAAAUCAUUAUGUUGAUAUUUCUCUGCCUUCGAUCUACAAGGGCCAUCUCUGCGGAUUGUGCGGCAACUAUAAUGGAAUAUCUGGGGAUGAUAAUGUUAAAAAAGAUGGAAGCAUGGCCACUGAUACCAAGGAUCUUGGAGACAGCUGGAUAGUAUCAUCUAAUGAGACACAAUGUGGAAGCCAAGAUCUAGAUGUAUGUGAUCCACUUUUGAGAGAGGAAUACUCAAGAAAUACAGCCUGCGGUAUAAUAAAAGACAAUACAGGAAUCUUCAAGAAUUGCCAUGCCUUAGUAAAUCCAGACAACUUCUUUGAGAAUUGUGUUUUGGACAUGUGCUUCACGGAAAGCAAAUCAACCUCCUUAUGCUACGCGGUGCAGGCCUAUGCUCAGCAGUGUGCAAAUGCUGGAGUCUGUACAGAGUGGAGAUCGGCAACAUUCUGUCCCCUGUCUUGCCCUGGUGGAAGCCAUUACCAAACCUGUGGAACUGGAUGCCCUGCCACUUGUCACAACCUAUUGUCAGAAACAGAAUGCAAAGCUUCCACAGUGGAGGGUUGCUUCUGUGAUGAAGGCUAUGUCCUUAGUGGAGAUAGAUGUGUGAAGGAAAGCGAAUGUGGUUGCACAGAUUCUGAAAACAACUCGUAUCAACUUGGAGAAAGCUGGUUCGCCAAUGAUGACUGUUCUGAACGCUGCACGUGUAACCAAAAUAAUGCCAUUUCCUGUACACCAUGGAAAUGCGGUGUGUUAGAAAAAUGCGAGUCCAAGGAUGGAGUUCUAGGAUGCCAGUCAUCUGGAAGAGCUUCUUGCCAUGUGUCUGGAGAUCCACAUUUCUACACCUUUGAUAAAGUAAUGCACAGUUUCAUGGGUACCUGUACAUACACUAUACUUCAAGUCUGUGAUCCCCAAAAUGUAAUCCCUGUGACCAUCAGUGGGAAAACUGAAGAGCGUGGACAACGUGCUGCUUCCUACCUUAAGGAAGUUUACAUUGAUAUCUAUGGCAUACGCAUUACUUUGCAAAAGGCCAGAAAAAUGAUGGUUGAAAAUCAACAAAUCCAAACACCAUGGUCAGAGCAUGUGAGAGGCGUUUCCAUUGGGACAGUCGGGCUAUAUUCUGUUGUGGAAACUGACUUUGGACUGAUAGCAAAGUUUGAUGGAGACCAUUACCUUGAAAUCAUCCUCCCAGAAUCGUACUUUGGAAAGGUAUGCGGUAUGUGCGGUAAUUAUAACGGCAGACAGGAUGAUGAAUAUCUUCUUCCAAAUGGUCUUCAAGCAAUAAAUGUGACACACUUUGGUAAUAGCUGGAAAUCAGAGAAAGACAGCGACAAAAAUUGUGUAGAUGAUGGAAGACAAGACCUUGGGCCUCCAUGCAAGGCUGCACAAUUACCAGCAAUAGAAAAUCAGUGCAAUGCUCUUCUCUCAGACACCUUCAAACCUUGUCAUCAUUUGAUCGACCCACAGCCAUUUGUUAAGAGCUGUGUGUAUGACAUGUGUAGAUACAAUGGCAUGCAGUCCACACUCUGUGCAAUAGUACAAGGCUAUGUUGGUGUAUGCAUGACGCAUGGAGUGAAGCUUAAAUGGAGAAGCAACAAACUGUGUCCUUUAUCCUGUCCUUCUCACAGCCAUUACACCGACUGUGCAUCACUAUGCCCUGCUACAUGCAAUGACAUCUAUGCAUCUGCUGUUUGUGACAAGCCAGAAGCAUGCACAGAAGGUUGUGUCUGUAAUGAUGGAUAUGUGCUUAGUGGAGACAAAUGUGUCUCUCUCAAAAAAUGUGGGUGCCGAGAUUCCAAGAAUAAUUACUUUAAUGUGGAUGAGACCUGGCUUACAUCAAACUGUAAAGAAGUAUGUAGUUGUAAUGGAGCUGGCAAAAUAAUCUGCAAACCUCAUGGUUGCUCACAUGGAAAAUGCGGUCUCAACAAUGGAAAAUAUAACUGCAAACCCACAGGUUAUGCAAAGUGUCACAUUACUGGAGAUCCACAUCAUAAAACCUUUGAUCGCCUAACACAUCAUUUCCAGGGGAAAGAGAGUUAUGUACUGACUCAGACAUCUUCUGUCUUGCCUGAUUUACUACAACCAUUUUCAAUUGAAGGCAAAAAUGAGCCAAUGAACAAAUACAGUAAAUUUACCCUGAUAAGAGAGAUGCGUAUUAAGGUUUAUAAUCACACCAUAAUAUUUUCACAAAAGAAGAAACUUGUGUUGGAUGGUGUAAAGACAUCGCCUCCAAUUAAACUUAAAGAAGGAAUACACAUAUAUCAGAGACCAUCAAGAAUCUACCUUGAGACUGAUUUUGGAAUGUCUGUUAGCUUUGAUGGCAACCAGAAUGCAGAGAUUACUGUACCCAAUACGCAUAAGAAUGUUCUAGAAGGUCUUUGUGGAAAUUAUGAUGGGCGAAGUUCUAAUGAUUUUAGAAGGCCAGAUGGAUCACAAGUGAGAGAUGUGGUGUCUUUUGGUGAAAGCUGGAAAGUUAAAUCAUCGAAAUCAGAUUCCAGAAUUAGGAGAGACAUUGGAUUAAGAGAGGAAGAGGAUAUUUUGGACUUAGACACAGGGGAUAAUUUAGCAUGCUCAGCCUCAGAGCUUGCUCAUUUGAACAGCACAUCAUUCUGUGGAAUGCUUAGAGAUACUAAUGGACCAUUCGAAACUUGUCAUGCACUGGUUGAUCCAGAAGUCUACAUCACGAACUGUCUUUUUGAUACAUGUGCCGAAUUUAGAAAUAUGGAAUUGUUUUGCUCUAAUCUUGAGCAAUAUUCACUCGCCUGCCAGGAUAAUGGCACAACACUUGAUGGCUGGAGAGAAAAAGCUGGUUGUGAUCUUCCAUGUGCACCUAACAGUGAGUACAGCAAAUGCAUGAGCGCCUGUCCUGCUUCCUGUAGCAAUAUGGCAUCAGAGGCAGAAUGUGAAGCACCUUGCUAUGAAGGCUGCAAGUGUAGUGAAGGUUACAUUCUUAGUGACUUUGAAUGUGUUCCCUACAAGGAAUGCGGAUGCACAUAUCUUGACAAGUAUUACCAGUAUGGAGAAGUCUUCAUGACAGAUGACUGUACUCAGAACUGCACAUGUACAGACACUGUAUCUGUAGUUUGCUCCAACAUCCAGUGUGAAUCAAAUGAGAUCUGCGCAGCAGCAAAUGGGAUCCGCGGAUGCUAUAUUCCUGGGCCUUGCCUUGAAAACCCUUGUGAAAAUGGUGGCACAUGUGUUGAAGGCACAAUGAAUUCAACUUCUAUGUACUGUGUGUGCCCUGAAUCUUAUUCUGGAGAAUUCUGUGAAGCUGAAGAGAAAAAGUAUGACAACAGCAUUAUUUACAUUGUCAUUGGAGUUGUGGUUGGAGUCUUGGUGAUCGGCUUUUUCUUUGUUUUUGCUGCCUUUUGCUUCUUCAGAAACCAGGGUAGUAAAAAGCACCUUCUCGAAUCACAAAGCUCUGAAGACGGAAGUGUUAGCUUGUCUAGAAUAUCAGUGAAUCCUGGAGACACAUCUAUAUAUAAUGAGCCAGAUUUAACCAAUCUAGCAUUUGAAGAAGAUUUUCCACAGUCUGGGGCUAUGAAAGUGACAAACAACACAAAUGUAAAAACCUCAGACAAAAGAACAAGUGAACAGAAGUCAGCAGACAAUGCAAAGGCAUCAGAACAAACCACCACCCGUCACAAUCAAACACAGUUUUAAACUAGCAGCACUUUAUGUUAACUUCAGAAUAAAUCAUAAAAAAAAAAAUUAAAAAAUGAAUUAUAUUAUAAUCUGGUAUGCUACGCAAAAACCAAUGCACUUGCAAUGUAAUUGUCUUUAUGCUGAUUUUAUUGUAACAUUCUUGCAGCAGAGACUCAUUUGCCCAAAUGCAGUGAUUCUACCGUUGUUAUUAUGUUUUUUUUUUUUUAAAAAAAUUGUAAUAUGAAAUGUUAUUUAAAAUAAAUAUAUCUAUAUUC